AGGUUUCUUUUGUCUCCCCUUUUCUAAGUAAGAUGGAUCCGCUCCCUUCAUUCAAACACAGAAAAUCCUUUGCUGCUAGGAAAAGUGAAGUAGCUUCUAUUCGGAUCAAGUUUACCAACAAGCUACCGGUGAUCCUAGAGCGCUAUCCCAAGGAGAAAAUAUUGCCAGUCUUGAACAAGAUCAAAUUUCUUGUUCCAGAAGACUUCACUAUGGGCCAGUUUGUUUCUAUUAUACGAAACAGAAUGUCCAUCAGCUCUACCCAAGCCUUCUACUUCCUGGCUGAUAAUAACCGCAGUAUGGUUAACAUGUCAUCCCCCAUGUCUGAAGUGUAUUCAACUUACAAAGAUGAAGAUGGCUUCCUGUACAUGACCUACGCUUCACAGGAAAUGUUUGGCUGACAGCCCAAGAUGUGCCAAGGAUAUGAUUUGGUUAAAAUUGGUUUGUGUCUCUCUGACCACACCACUCACCUUCUGUUAUAAACCGGAUUGCAUUCUUCUCAAAAUGGCUAUGUGGAUCUACUGCUCUUCUGCUGCGUUGCAUGUAAACCCCUGGAGAUCUUUCUGAAGGAGACCUGUCUCAACAAUAGACAAGUAGAUGUGUUGGGUGAUGGGUUUAGGGAGGGGGAUGCCACAUUCUGGAAGGAUCACAGAGGUUCCAUUCAAAACUCUUUCUAGGCUCUCUGAAGUCUUCCUGGGCUGAUCUGCAUUCUGAUACAUCAAAGGAUUACUUGGACACGGUUGAUAAGGGGCUGUAGUUAUGACCCUCUCAAGCAUCAUGGGUUGAGCUGGCUUUAGACGAUGGCUUUUCAUUGACUCAACCAAGAACGGAUUCUAGGGAAGGCUUGUUUUGGGUGUUGGUUCUCACUAAUUUAAUAACCCUUCUAACAGUAUGCUAAAAUAUUGAUGCACUUUUAAAGAGCCUGCCUCCUCCCUUGGGUAGGUGGUGGCUUCUUGCAAGCUGCCGCGAUUCUCAUCGGUGGGUACUUUCUUUUAAAAGAUGCAAAUCCUACAUGAAAGUGUGGAGGAGGGGAUGCUUCACUGCAGACUGAGAACCAGAGUUUAGAGAGCAUUCUCACGCUGAAGAGGGAACGAAUGGAUUGGUUUAAUUCGCAACAGUACUGUACAUGUAUGUUUUCUAUAGUGCUGGAAAGACUUGUUUUUGUCAGCCACUUUUUAAGGGAGAAACAAUUGUUAACAUGGGCAAUUUCGAGUAGAAAAUGCACAUUUUUAAAGCUAGUCUUUGCACUGUGAAAUCUCUUUUCCUAAUCUCACUUUUAUGGAUAUGGUUCUCUUUUUGAAACAUGUCUUAAACAGUAUUGCUGACUGCUAUGUAUGUUUUUUAGGGUCUAAGCUUGCGGGAGCAUAGUGGGCCUGAAAGCCAGUGCCUUGUCAAGACCUUAAAACAAGCUUUACAGAACAUCAGUUGCUGGUUUACAGCAGAGCUCUUUGGGAGAUUUUUGACUCCUACACGGGCCUAUAUAGUAAACUUUGCAGUUCUACAGUUCUGGUCCAAAGUCUUUUGGCUAAUCCCAACACUAUUUACUGGGCUUUUAAGAUUUGCAUUGCUUUUUUUGUGGGGUUGGUUUUAAUGUACUUGGAAUUAUCUAGCUUACUACAGCACACUUGGACUAGUGGAGAUCAGAAGUUGAUAAGGCGAAGUACCUGAGUCACGUGCUGCAUGGCCAGAAACGGGAAGUUUAAACAGCUGCUCUUCCUUCUGGACCAACCUGUAAUUGAAACCUAGGUUGAGCAGUCUGCCACAAAUAGAGAUGUCUCUCCUGCUAGUGGGGUUAGUCUGGAAGGAAAGCCCUUCUGGCUCACACGGGACGAGAACUGCCCCCAUUUUGAUGACCUAAUACAGUGAAUGAAGGAGCAUUCUUGCAGUCAAAUGUGGUGAUGGGAGUUCCCUGUUCACAAGUGUUUUUCUUUGCAAUUAAUCAUUUGGCAAUUUGGAUUAAGACCAUGGUAUCUGGAAGGUGGCAUUAACCAUUUCACCUAGUCUGUUUUUGGGCCUUGCUAUGUGCUCUGAGGUAAUGGUAAGGCAUGCUGUAUGUUGCCUUAUUUGCUUCAGCUGAGCAAAUAGUGGCUCUGUGGGGCUGAUUUAGUUGAGGGGGAAAGCAAGAUAGUGUGGGAGGGGUGUAAGAGUUUAAAGAUGCUUUCAACGAAGCAGGAAGAGUUUAGAGGGUUUAAACCAAAACUCUCUAUAUCUUGCUUUGGCCCCUCAGCACAACAAGCAUCUUUUAAGCGAAACAUCUUUUAAGGGAAGAUGAUUGCGGAGUUGUUCACUCUUGAGAGAAAGUUAAAAGUUUCAGUUGCAGUUUACAUCUUAGGAAUGCUGGAGAGACAGUUUGGCUGCAUUUGGGCUUCA